GGGGCCUUUAAUGGAUUCCGGCCGAAACGAGGAACACAAAGAAAAGAGAUCGGUUUUCUUUAUUUUCGGAUUCAUUUAGUUGGGCAGUGGCCGCAAAUCCAAACCCUUGCGCGCGACCUGCUACAUUUCGAUCGAUCGAUCGAUCUGUCUCCUCGUGGCGCGGUGCGAAUCUGAACGCGAGGAGGAAGAGGAGGAAGAAGCAAAUUCGCUCCUUUCUCGAGUGGGGGUAUGUGUGGUAACGGUUAAGUGUGGGGGGAAAAAAUCCGAGAAUUUUAAUGAAAUUGCCGCUGUGCUUCGUUUUGGAUGGACGUAUGGCGUCGGAGGGGGAUCGGUCAGUUUGAGGAUGCAAUGUGAAGGGAAGAGGACCUAAGCCGUCCGCCAUGGAUCCGCCUUUUUCUGUUUCACUCUUCAGGAUUUGUGCUUGACCCAUCUAAAUGUAGCCAGUUGAGCAUUGAGGAGAAGAGAGAGCUUGUCCGUGAAUUGACAAAAUGGCCAGAGAGUGCUCUUGAGAAGCUACAGACAUGGACCCGCCAUGACCUUUCAGACAUUCUGUGUGCUGAGAUAGGAAAGGAGAGAAAGUAUACUAGCUUAACUAAACAGAAAAUGAUAAAUUGCCUUCUUCGAGUAGUUUCUCAAAAGAAAUCUGGAGAGAAUGCAAACAAAAGGGAUUCAUCACAGAUACCGUCUACACCUAGUCCUCAAACCACAGCUAAGAGACAAAGGAAGAGCGAGAAUCCAACACGGUUACCAAUUGUCACAAAUAACCUCCAGAUAAACAAUGUAGAAGAAGCUCCGGAGAAUCUAAGAUAUUGCCAGAAUUCUGCCUGCAGAGCUACUCUUAACAUGGAGGACUCAUUCUGCAAGCGUUGCUCAUGUUGUAUAUGUUACAAAUAUGAUGACAACAAGGACCCUAGUCUUUGGCUGUUUUGUAGCGCUGAGACUCUUUCUCAGGGUGAAUCUUGUGGCAUGUCUUGUCAUCUUGAAUGUGCCCUUAAGCAUGAAAGUACUGGUAUGAUGAAUAGUGAUACAUGCACAAAAUUGGAUGGGAGAUAUUACUGUGUUCAGUGCAGAAAAUCUAAUGACUUGCUUGGGUGCUGGAAGAAGCAGCUUGUGAUUGCAAAGUAUGCUCGCCGUGUUGAUGUACUGUGUUAUAGGAUUUCUCUUAGUCAUAAACUUCUCAGCUCAACAGAGAAGUACCAGAGUUUGCAUGAGAUAGUUGACCAAGCAUGGAAGAAAUUGGAGUCUGAGGUCGGUCCUAUUGAUGAUUUAGAAAAUAUGGCACGUGGAAUUGUCAACCGACUUUCUGUUGGUGCUGAAGUUCAAAAACUGUGUGCCAGCGCAGUAGACUUACUGGAUUCCAUGCGUUCGGAUGCCCAGUCAACUCAUUCUCGAGUUCACCAAAUUGCUUCAGUAUCCUCUAGCUUCAUUAGAUUUGAACAAACAUCACCCACAUCCCUCACUGUUGUUUUUGAUAUAGAGAAUGACUCACCUCUAACUAAAGAACUAGUUGGUUUUAAUUUGUGGCUCAGACUAGCAAACAGCCCAGCAUACCCUGAAGAACCAUCAUUUUCUGUGUGUAACCCAAAGAGGAGAUUGCUAAUCACAGAAAUAGCUCCAAAUAUAGAAUAUAUGUUUAAGAUAGAAGCUUUUAGCAUUACAAAUGAUCUGGGGACAUGGGAAAUUGGAGUAAAAACUCAAGGCAACCCCGUCGUCGACAACUCUGUGGAUGUAGCGCUGGAGACAGAUGUUUCAGGAUCACAUUGCCAAAGCCCUAAAGCAACAAGUAGUGCCUUGUCAAAUCCCUCUGAGGGAGAUGAAUCUAAUACUAAUAGUACAACAUGUGCUGACUUGAAUAAGCUGCCAGAAAUGGAUUUUGAUGAUUUUGAGAAGCCUGAGAUUGUUGAGACAGAAAGAUCAUCAGACCGUACUGAAAAGGAUACUAACCAGCAGAAGACUGAAUGCAAGGGUAUUAUUUCUGGAGGAGAAGCUAUUGUGCCAGAGAUGACACUUGGGCACUCCGAGUCUGCUAUAGAUGAGGAACCAAACUCGACCAUUUGCACAGACUCCACCAAAUCCAUGGAGAAUAACCAGGCGUCUGAGGUCCUGAAAUCAGAGAAUGAAUCUAACAAUCCUGUCGGUAACACGAUUGCGAUUGUGCCAUUUGGAAAAUUAGAUUCCACUCUUCCUGCUGCCCUCUGCAGGGCAGAAACUGGAACAGAUGGCUCUGGGAGGUGCAACAAAGGGAAAUCCAAGGUAGACAUAUUUGAGAAUGGUUCAACGAAGCCGGACAAAGAACCAGGGAGUUCAUCAAAGGAGAGACAAUUUGACGUUGUAAAUCUUAGCGAUAGCUCGCUGGAAGGGACCUAUGAGUCCUGUGUGAAGGUGAUCAGAUGGCUGGAAUGCGAAGGGCAUAUCGAAACCAGCUUCAGAGUAAAGUUCUUGACUUGGUUCAGCUUGCGGGCAACCCCUCAGGAGAGGCGAGUUGUUAGUGUCUAUGUUGAUACUCUGAUCGAAGAUCCUCCAAGCCUUGCAGGGCAGUUGGUCGACACCUUUUCAGAAGCAAUCUACAGCAAGAGACCACCACCAAUGCCGAAUGGCUUCUGCAUGAAGCUUUGGCAUUGAGAGUCCAUUCUUGAUCCUAUUUGAUAGUGAUUUAGAUACAAAUUGUCGCAUUGAUUCUUCAGCGAAAUACUUAUUCAUGGAUCAGCCAGUUGAGGUUGAGGUCAAUCCCCAUUGUUGCUCAUUGAAAGUUACACUUUUUAUGCAUGUACUAGAUUCCUUUGACAUUGCUGUUAUGAAAUUAUGUGACACUGAUCUUUAUUUCAAGAAGCUCAAGCAUCAAUAUUUAUUA